ACAGAUCAACAGGGCCGGGUGAAACUAGUUGAGGUUCGCGAUAGUGCCGUUGGCAUUAGGAAAGAAAGCCCUUCUGCGAUCGCUGAUUCGACCCCCGAACGAUGAUGAUGAUGAUCAUGGUCAUGGUCAUAAUAAUAAAUAAUAAUAUGACCCGGUCAUGUAAUGUUCAGAAAGCAUCUAUCUAUCGAUUAUCAUCAUCAUCUCCAUUCUAUCCCUCGACCCUUCGCGGAAUCGCUCGACAUUGUGAAAGUCCCGCCCGUUCGGCAUGGGUUUGCCGAUGCGACGAUGAGAAAGGGAAGGGAAAAGUGGGCACCAAACAAACCCAAGCUCUGGCUCUGGUGUUGUGCCGUAAUGCCGGGCUAUGCAGACGGGAAAUGUCAUAGUGCAUGCGGGAAUUAUUCCGUGUUUUGGAACGGUUUUGAUAUCCCAAGAAUAUCUUGUCUCCUAACCUCGUUUAAAAACAACGGUAGGGUUGGGUUGAAGAUUUUUUUUUUUUUCCCUACUAGUAGUGAUAGCAGUAAUAAUAGUUCAGUCAAUCCCUACGGCGUAUUUGGGCUUUGCUUCCUUCCUGGUGAGGACCACGUAUGCUCCCCUCCCCUCCUCCAAAGGUCUUUUCCACCACUUAUCACCUACUAUAGUACUAGUAGUGGUAACCGUGUCUAGCCACCGACCUAGGUACCUUACUAAGUAGGUAGAUGAUUGAUAACUAC